CGGAUUUGAAGAAGAAAUUAAAUCCAAGUUUUUUUAAAGAAAAAAAAAUCCAUUUCUUUCUCCUUCACUAGCCACUAUAAAUACAAGUCACUGUUAGUCUUUCAAUUCCAUCACACCCAACUUCCCACUUUCCCAACCACUCUUUCUUCUCGAAUUUUCAGUGAAAUCAGGCCGCCGCCCUCUAAUGGCACCCAUCGCCGCCGGUGACUCCUUGCCUGACGGAACUCUCGCUCACUUCGACGAGAACGAUCAGCUCCAGCAGGUCUCCAUCCACUCCCUCGCCAAGGGCAAGAAGGUCGUCAUCGUCGGGGUUCCCGGCGCCUUCACUCCAACUUGCAGCUUGAAGCAUGUUCCUGGAUUCAUCGAGAGAGCGGAGGAUCUCAAAGCCAAAGGUGUUGCUGAGAUCAUCACUAUUAGCGUGAAUGAUCCAUUUGUGAUGAAAGCUUGGGCCAAAACCUACCCGGAGAACAAGCACGUUAAGUUCUUGGCCGACGGAUCAGCAACCUACACUCACGCGCUGGGCCUCGAGCUCGACCUCAAGGAUAAGGGUCUCGGAAUCAGGUCGAGGAGGUUCGCGCUACUGGUGGACGACCUCACUGUGAAGGCUGCCAACAUUGAAGAAGGUGGAGAUUUCACUGUUUCCAGUGUUGAUGAUAUCAUCAAGGCCCUUGCUUGAUUUCUUGAGCUUAGAGCAUUGGCCUUGCUUUCGUUCUUAAUUCUCUCAGCUGUAUCGUCGGUGACCAUAUGUCGAUUCAGUCUCGGGCCAGUUUAGUGGUAGUGAUGGAGAUACUCUUUGCCAUGGUGAGUUAUGAUGAUGACACCCUUUUGUGUAAUUCUGUCCUGGUUGCUGUUUGGGGAUGGAGAAGAAUAAAAGAAUUUCGAAGUU